GGGAAGGGAUCACAUUUGGUCACUCUAAAGAGACAACACGCCUCAUGAACCUUUCACUUUGGCCUUCUUGUUACCACAAUCUCUCACCACCUUGAUUCCUAUUCCAAUGGCUGCCACGUAAUGUACAAAUUUUGUGAUUAUUUAGUCCUUAAUCACAAAUUUGGUCUCUAAAUUAGGUCUAUUCCGUGCUCAAACAAAGUACUAAUUUAUUCUAGAAAAUGGUAGGAAUAACUAGAAUAAUUUCAUGUUCUCUGCUCCUAAAGCAAGACAAAGGAGACCCACAACGGUGAUCACUUCCGUGCACGGCACAGCCUCAUAACUACAAAAGCAAAGGGUAAACAAUCUUUCGUUUCUGAGAAUUCUGAGAAGACAUUGAUCCAUCCCCACAUCAUUUUUCUUCUCGUUUUCCAAGACAUGAAGCCACUAUCUUUUAUUUUUUACGCUGUUGUUAUAACAACAAUUUCGGUGCCAACAGCAACUAACUGCAGAGUCGUUCUGCUAAACAAGGCCAAUCUGAUAGAAGAAACAUGCAAGCAGACACCCCAUCAGAACCUUUGCAUCCAAUACCUCUCCUCUGACCCUCGCAGCGCCGAUGCAGAUAUCGAAGGGCUAGCUCUGAUCAUGGUCAAUGUAAUCAAAACCAAAGCAAAUAAUGCCUUGGACAAGAUCCACCAACUUCUUCAGGGAAGCCCUGAACCUGGUCAAAAGGAAUCACUGAGUUCUUGUGCUGGUAGAUACAAAGCAAUUCUGGAAGCUGACGUGGCACAAGCCAUUGCUGCUCUGCAGAAAGGAGACCCCAAAUUCGCAGAAGAUGGUGUGAAUGAUGCUGCUGUUGAGGCCACCUCUUGUGAGAACAGUUUCUCUGGGAAAUCGCCACUCACUGAUGAGAACAGUGCCACGCAUGAUGUUGCAGUCACAACAGGAGCUAUAGUUAGACAAUUGCUCUAGUUACUUACUCAUGUCUGUUGGUCUCAUCUGUUUCGGAAACACAAUUGCUUUUGCCACUUCCACAAUUCUCACUGUCCCCUCUUCUUUGCUUUCUUUGUUUCGAUUUUCAUUUGUAUUGAUCAAUUAUUGGGAAAUAAUUGGCCGAGCUUGAAGUUGUACCAUGAGACCUGAUAUGACUCUCUGUGUUGUACUUCUUUCUUCUGAUGUAUAAGCUAUUUCGUCUUUUCAACAACUCUUUGGUAAGCAGAAGAUCCUUGAUAUUUUAAUAAGAAAAACAGUUUUCUACUGAGUGAA